UUUAUAUAUAUAUAUAUAGAUGGCAUAUCAAUAGCCUUUUUACAUGGCAUCACCAUAAAGACCUUAAGUUUAAAGUUAACCUUUUAUUCCACCAACAUAAGUAUAGGCAAGACCAUAAUACCCAUCUGGAGGUUAAUAUCCUCCUUAAAUACCAUAGGUAGAAUUUGAAUUUAUUUUGAAUAAUAAUAGGGAUAUCGUCCUCCCCAAGUAUAUGGUUAUCCUCAAACUUAGAUAGUUAAUAAACCUUUACCACCUUAAGGAUAAAGGAUCUCUUAUGGUUAACCACCAAUAGGAUAUGGAGGAUAAUAAGUGCCAGCUCAAAAUUAUCCUCCAUAUUAAUAAGGUCCAAUCUAUACUUCAAGUCCAUAGAGACCACCACAACCACCAACAACUUAAGUAUAAUAUCCUUAGCAAACUGUAAUAAUAUAAAUCUAUAAUAUAAUUUAGACUGUUUAAUAAUAUAGAUAACAACCACCACCAUCAUCGUAGACAUUACCACCAAGAACAAUUUAAGGUUAACAAUAUACACCAUAAUAAUAUUAAUAACCUUAAACAUAAUAAGUGACUCGUCCAUAUGUUCAACCUUAAGUCUAAGCACCAAUCUAAUAAUAAUUAGCUUAACAACCUAUGUAAAACAAAGUAGUUUAACCUCCAUAAUAAUUAUAAUAAUAAUAAGUACCAUCAUAAGCCAAAACUUAACAAGUACCAUAAUACAGACCACCAGAAUAAUAACCAUAACAACAAUAAUAAUAUAAACCAUAAUAAUUAUCAUAAAAGGAUGAAGAUUUAGAAAAGAAGUUUUAAGAUGCUAUUGAUAGAACUAGAGAUUUAGUUUAAAGAUAUCAAAAUCCAUAAUAAUAAAAUUAAUAUUAACCAUCUAAAUAAUAAUAAUAAUAAUAAUAACAAUAAUAACCAUAAUAUGAAAAGUAAUCUAUAUCUUAUAUUAUAUUAGUCCUGAAAAUAAUGAAUAAGAUUAAUAAUUAUAAGAUUUAGCAUUAUAAUAUGAAGAUGGAUAUAUAUAUAGAGGAUAAGGAUAUGAACCAGCUACAAGAGAAGGAUUUGGUGUUUUAACUGAUUAAAAUGAUAAUGAAGUUUAUAGUGGUUAUUGGCAUGAAAAUUAAUAUCAUGGUUAAGGCAAAUUGAUUAAUUUUUAAGCUGAAUAAAUUGAAGGUCCUUUUGAUUAUUAAGAUCUUAGUGGUAUUGAUAAUGGUUGGUUAGGUUAUGAAGGUAUAUUUUAUAUUUAUUAUUUUUAUAGGUGAAUUCUUUGAAGGUAAAAUGCAUGGAUAAGGAACACUUUAAUUAACUAAUGGUGAAAAAUUUGAAGGUAAAUUUAAUGAUGGAAUGAUUGAUGGAGAAGGAUAAUACACAACUGUCAAUGGAUAAGUUAUUAGAGGAGUAUGGAAAGAAGGAAUCUUGGCAAGUUAUAUGUGAUCCCAU